UUUUAGCUUUGGCAGCCUCUCAAAAUCUCCCAUCUUUUCAUUUCCCUCCUCCGCCUGCAAAAGCUCCAGCCUUUUACUUCCACUAUCCAUCACUUUUCCCUUGCUUUCUGCACUUAUAAUACAAGUUUGAAUCCUUGGUGUUGUUAGUUUUCAAUGCAAGGAGGUGUUGUUAAUGGUGGUUCUGACAGUGUGUCAAGGGAGGAUAACAUGUUGGUCUACUCUGAAGAUUCUUCAAGCUCAGAUGAGUCUGAAUUGGAAUUGGGUCUUGGCUUGAGCCUCGGUGGUGGUGGUGGUUUCAAGAGGCAUCAGGCUUCAAAGUGUGGUCAAUAUGCUAGGAUUUUGACUGCUCAAGAUUUCCCUUCUUCGUCUCCUUCUCCAUCGUCCCCCUCCUCCUCCUCCUCCUCUUCGUUUUCUUUAAUUAGAGCUAAUGUCACGGCCGGGACCAAGAGGAAUGCCGAUUCCGUGGCUGCUGCUUCUAAUGGAUCUAGUCAAUUCGUGGGAUGGCCUCCCAUCAGAGCUUAUAGAAUGAAUAGCAUGGUUAACCAAGCAAAACCAUCGGUCACGGAAGGAUUCAACUCGACGAUGGACAACUGUGGAAAGGAGACCUCAAUGGUUGAGAACAGCACCAUUGGCAGCUACCAUAGCAGUGGUAGCACUAAUGCCAGGAAAUCUCUUUUUGUGAAGGUGAAAAUGGAUGGAAUUCCAAUCGGAAGGAAGGUCGACCUGAAUGCCCCUGAAUCAUAUGAAAAGUUAGCAAAAAUGUUGGAAGAAAUGUUCCUCGAAACCGCCCCAAGUGCCAAUCCAGCAGGAUCGACGACACUGCAGCAUGAUAUGACAAACAGAACGACAAGACAUUCGAAACUGCUGGAGGGAUCAUCCGAUUUCGUUCUUACUUACGAGGACAAGGAGGGUGACUGGAUGCUUGUUGGAGAUGUUCCUUGGGAGAUGUUCCGUAGCUUGGUGAAGAGGCUUAGAAUCAUGAGGAAAUCGAGUCUGCCGGAUUAGCUCCGAGAUCAGAAGAAAGGAACCAGAGGCAAAGAAGAAAGGCCAUGUAGAAAACGUUUCUCUCAAAUCCAUCCCUCAGAAAGGAAAAAAAU